CGCGACGAAAUGACCUCGGCACUUCACUUCAGGCAACAAACACGAGCUUCCACCGGGAAAUAUGGUGGACUCCGAGACCCAAUCUUCUCCACUAAGCCAGCAGAAUGGGAAGCGCUGGCACGUUCAAAAGUUCCAGCAGGAAACUUCGGAUACGUCUCCGGCUCAGCGAGCAGUGGACAGACGAACCUGUCAAAUCUGGCGGCCUUUGACCGAUAUCGUCUCCGCCCGAAGAUGUUGGUCAAUGCGACUCGACGAGACUUGAGCGUCGACCUAUUUGGCACCAAACACAACAGCCCACUGCUUGUCGCACCUGUCGGCGUGCAGAACAUCAUGCAUAAAGAUGCCGAAGACGCGACUGCCAAAGCAUGCCGUAACGUUGGCGUCCCCAUGAUUCUCUCCUCUGCAGCAACUAGAACCAUUGAACAGGUCGCUGAAGCCAAUGGCGAUGGCGAUCGUUGGUACCAACUCUAUUGGCCGCGGCCUCAGUGGGAGGAAGUCACGGUCAGUCUACUCAACCGGGCCAAGUCGAACGGAUAUAAAGUCUUGGUGGUAACACUGGACACUUUCAAUCUGGCGUGGCGACCCACCGAUCUGGAUUCAUCUUACUUACCAUUCCUUUGGGGCGAUGGAUGUCAGGUCGGCCACUCUGAUCCGGUGUUCAACAGGAGAUAUGAGGAGAUGCAGACAAGAGAUACUCGAACUUCGGGAGAAAAGCUGGCCGAGUUGUGGACCAUGCUCAAACGGCCGGGCUCAAUCUAUGGCGCCGCUCGGGUACUGGCCAAUAUUCAUGUCCUACAAAAGUCUAGAGCAUGGCUGGACGUGUUGAACUCGGGAACGUACCGCGAAUGGGAACACUUGGAGAUUCUGAAGACGCUGUGGGACGGUCCUAUCGUCCUCAAGGGCAUUCAGACCGUCGAAGAUGCCCACAAGGCCAUCGAGUACGGCAUGGACGGAAUCAUCGUUUCCAAUCACGGUGGCCGGCAAUGUGACGGGGCCAUUGCUUCGCUCGACGCCCUUGCUGAGAUUGCCGCCGACGAAAAAGUCCGUGAUUCCAAGCUGACAUUGCUUUUUGAUAGCGGUAUUCGUACUGGCAGUGACAUUCUGAAGGCUCUGGCUUUGGGUGCAAAAGCGGUGCUUAUUGGUAGACCGUAUAUGUAUGGUCUUGCGAUCCGAGGACAGCAGGGUGUUGAGCACGUGUUGAGGUGUCUGCUGGCUGACACUGACAAUAUGCUAGGCAAUAUGGGCAAGAAGAGCAUCCGAGAUCUUCGCAGGCAUGAUCUACAGAUCCAAUCAUCCUCAAAGCUCUAG